AUGACUCCAUGUCUGACUCUAGUUACCCAUGUUUUAGACCAGGUCGAAUGGGGAGGGGCAAACAUUGCUUCCGCUCUCUCUGAUGGCAACGAAGAUAUUUCAUUCGAGGUCCGGGUGAUAGCCGCGUGGAAUGAGGAGAAACAGGACGAUGACAUUGAGGAGAGGCCUAUCUUAACGAUUGAUCUCACAGAGUCUGCCUUAGAGGCGGUCAUCGACUUGAGUGAGGGCAUUUUUAACAAUGAUGGGCAAUUCGAAGUUCGUUUGGACCGAGCGCCCAAGUUCACACAAUUUCAAUCAGCAUAG